AUGUCGAACAUUAUUCACAAAGUAGAGGAAAAGCUCGGCUUAGGAGGGGACCAUAAGGAUGGUAAGCACCACGAUGAUCACAAAAAGAGUGAACACAAAGAAGGCAUUGUCGACAAAGUGAAGGACAAGGUCCACGGCGAUAAAAGCGGCGAUCAUCAUGGUCAUGGACAUGGUCAUGGUCACGGAGAUGGCAAAAAGAAGGACAAGAAGAAAAAGAAGCAUGAGGACGGUCACAAGCACGGUGACAGCAGCAGCGGUAGCGACAGCGAUUAA